GUUCGCUGGAAAAGAGCGUAGAACGAUUUCGCGAAAAAGUGUGAAGCUCAACAAAGGAGGCAGUGGAGAAAAAGCGUUGAUGACGUUGACGCUGCUGCUGGUGGAAGCUGUGCCGCUCCUUCCGUGUGUGUGUGGCAACGCGUCGAAACACGAAACAACGCACUGCUCGAGAAUGUGGGAGUGUGUUUUGGAAUUUUAGGGAAAUUUUGGGUGGACUCGUCGGCGUGGGAAAGCGGCGCAGAGGUGGACGCCCUUUCUAGAAUCCUCACCUCUCCCGAAACGAACACACAGAGACGUGCACACAGCCACACUCACACACACAGCAAGCGCAGCAUUAUCCAUGCUUCCAGACGCAUGAAACGCUCUGUGGAGGCUGGCCAAGCAUUCGAUGUGGCAAAUUGAAAGCAGAAGCAAACGUGACGCUGUGGUGGUGGUGCUGCUGCUGCUGCUUCUCCAGAGGUGAAAGGAGCUGCGUUCCCAAAAAUUCAACCGACACUACCAAAAAAAUUUAGUGUGUAUGGUGUGACUUGGUGUCUCGUUGAAUAAAUUGGGCUAAACGGUGUGUUUUGUGUGUGUGUGUGGAAGUGAAAAAAAGAAGAAAAAAAAGUAGCUUGCUGCAUAAUCUGCUGGCAGCGAUUAGUGCAUCCCCCUGGGGUCACGAAAGUGCCAAAAAGAAGGAGCGUGGUGCAGCAGUGCAGUGCCACUAUGUGUGUUCAAUGUGCUGUGUUAUGUGUGAAUAAUAAAUGGUGAGGUAAAAUUGGCGAGACAACACAACACAAGUAGCAGCGAGAGUGCAGGGGAGAGAGAGACUGUAUCAUCCUUCUCUAUAUGCAUCCUAAUUUGGCCAGACCGUGUGCAGCAACAGCUUCGGUCUUUCGGUGUCGUCGGUGGGCAGAAGUACACCGCGGGCAGCACUGGGUGCUGUAGUGGUGUGGUGUUAUAAAGUCUUCCCAUUCCUCCGCGCACCAUCGCUACCAGUGUUUCGUCCCAGGCACUCGAUUAAGAUCGCGGCAGUAGCACACCCGGCAGCAGCAGCAGCAGCAGCAGCAGCACGGGCCAGAACGUGAGCGGCGGCCAGUACCGCGAGCAAGUGAGACAGCGUGGCGAUCUACCCUUCUGUCCCCGCGGUUGGAAUAUGGAUAGAAGUGUAGAUUCCAUCGGUAGUUGCUCGCUUGAUGUAGAUGCCGAUUCGACCGACUUCUCAGACACCUCCGGAGAGCUGAACUUUCUAACACCGAUUUCGGGCAAAGACAUUACGCGCGAAUUCACCGCCGGCAUCAAGGAGCGUUGUAUGCUACCGGUCAUUAACUGCCAAGCAGUCACGAGCGUACUGGACCCGGUGACAGGACACAUCAGCACGGUGCUAACGACGACCACAGCACCCAACGGCCAGCAGCAGCAGCAACAGCAAGCACUGCAACCCCUGCUAAGCGGCACCGGUGACAGCUCACCAACCGCAGCCACGAACAAGAAGCCGAGCUAUCUGAACCUGGCGUGCUGCGUCAAUGGGUACUCGAACCUGACGACGUACGAUUCGAAGCUCCGCCAGGACAUUAACAAGUCGCGCGAAGUUUCACCCAGCCGUCCGAUCAUCGCGACGCUCCACUACAACCGUACCGAGACCGGUGCCGGUGGGCAUCUGCUGGCCGCGCCAACGCUCAGCUACGUGAGCAUGAACAACACCAUCAACAAUAACAACAAUAACAACAACAACAACUACAGCGCAAGUACAGGCGGCAACCGAAUGCUCAAGAUGAACGGUGCCGGUGUAGUGAACGGUGGUGCUGCUGGAAGGAUGCGUGGCAUGAAUGGCUCAAUCCUGUCACCGCCCUCGGGUGGUGGUGCCGAUAUGACCGACAACGUGGGGAUGUUCAAUGGAAAUGGAAGUUUUGCCGGCAGCAUGCGUACGAAGGUAAUUUCCUCCCAGUCGCAGAUCAGCAGUCACGCGCGGGACGAAGCGACGGCCCAGCUGCUGAUGACGCCGAAGAAGAGCUUCAUCCAGCAGCGCGUCGAGAAGCUGUACGGAGCGAGCGAGGUGGUGGUGCUGAACAAGCAGAACUACAGCAGCAGCGAGCGCAAGUACCUCAACAACAUUGCCAACGACAACACCAGUGGCGGUGCGUCGGUCAAGCUGAUCCAUCACAGCAGUACGGCACAGGCUGGACAGCAGCAGCAGCACCACCAUCACUCGAUGGGAAAUGGAACGGCCCGGAAUGGGGUAGCGAAUGGGGCGGCCGGCGGUCUGCACGUGACGAACGGCGGAACCAACGGCGGCUCGGUGCACGAUGAAAACGGCAAGCAGCUAAACGGGGCGGCGGAAGUGAGCAACGGCAGCGACGAGGCGGACGUUGAAUCGCUGCCCGUGCUGCGACAUUUGCGGCCCGAAUUCCGCGCCCAGUUGCAAAUAUUUUCACCGAAAAAGAUGCCGAAACCGGCAGCACCGCCGGCGAAUCGUACCACGGCCGUCAACGGCAGUGCGGCGACGCAUGCGAAUGGCAACACUGCGGAAGAGAAUGUCACACUUACCACCGGCCCGAAACGGUACACGCAAGCGAACGGCAACAGCAGCAACACCGAUCACCUCGAGCAGCAGCAGCAUUCCCUGGUGCGGGAAGAGCAGGAUCAUCGCACGACGGUUACGAAUCGAUCCACCAUGGUGGUGAAAAAUGCUCGAAUUUCUUCGCACACAACCACAACAAGCAGCAGCACUAAUGGACGGACUGCUGUUGAGGAGGAGGAGGAGGAGGAGAAUGCUCUGCUAACAAGCAACCAUCACCAUAGUAACGCUACUAGUGCACGCAGCAGUACCAUCACCGAGGCAAAGCAGCAGCAGCAGCAUACCACCGGCGUCGUAACGGAGCAGCAUCAUCACGAAACCGCGUCACAGAGCCGCUCGAGUUCUACCGACAUGUCGACGACCACCACCACCACCAAGACAUCGAUGGCGGCGGUAACGUCAUCGAAGACGGUGAUAGUGGAGGAAAAGAUGCGCUCGCUGGUAGUGGUGUCGCCGUCGUCGGCAACCGCGGCCGAUAACGGUGUUGGUCGAAUGUCGACUGCCGAUGGUGGUAACGCCAUUGCCACGGCCGCCGCCACUGUCGUACCUGACGAGCCAAAGCCGACGACAGUCGUCGCCGCGAGUGUGAUCGAAAACGGCGUACAGAACGGUGUUCGACAGAGCAGUGACACCAUCACCAACGGGCUUGAAAGUGUUGUACCUGCAGUGAGCGUGAAGAAGGAGGAAGUGCUUGUUGUUGGCGGUGGUGAAAUUGUGAAUUGUGAUAAUAGCAGUCAGUUCGUCGCGGACAAUAUGCGCACAGCGAACGGCGGAAGCACGGUGGUAAUGGAACCGGUGGCCGCCAGCAGCAUCACGUUGCCCGCGGUCGCGACGAUGGCCGAUUUUGUCCAUCCUGUGGCGGAGGGAGGCAUCCAAUCAAAUGGUAAACCAAUCGAGGUAACCACAAAUGGCCAGGGGAGCAACGACAGUAGCUUUAGUAGCAGCAACAACAACAUCGUGCUGGACGGUAACCAUUUCCUGCGGAUCCUAAAAACUGAACAGAAUCGGCUCAAAGCAAUGGCUGACGAAGUGGAGCAAGAAAUCAAUCUGUUGAAGGCCGAUGGCGUCGAGUUCGGCGAGGACAUUAACGGAUACAUCCUGGUUGCUGUGGGCAAGGCCCGCCUGCUGUGUUCGCAAAAAAUGAAACAAUUUGAAGAUUUGUGCUACACGAACCUCAACCAAUCGCCGGACGAAAAGUUCCAAACGACCGGCGAAGAUUUGCGAGGCUUCUGGGACAUGGUGAUGCUGCAGGUAAACAACGUCGACGCUAGCUUUGCCGAAAUUGAUUCGUUCCGGAAAAAUGGUUGGCGGAAACCAGCGCCAAAGAGUCCACCGCCACCAGCUCGCAAUGGGACGGCAGGAGCGACGCGCACCAAGCUGGUAAAGCGUCCGUACAAAACCGGCGGCACAGCGAACGGUUCCACCGUGACGGACGGCAGCAACGGUGUCGAGGCGAAAAAGGCGUCCGCCGCGCUGGCGGCAGCCAAGCGGGAGGCCCAGCGGAAGCAGCUGAUGGAAAUGAAGCGCAAGCAGAAGCUGGCCAACAGCCAGCAGCAGACGGCGGUGGAAAUAUUUGCCCCGGCAAGCGACGAGCCAGCAGCGCAGCAAAACGGCGUCGGUGGUGGUGAUGACAACAACUGUAGUACGGCCGUCGUCCCUCCGGUAGGGACCGCCGCAGCAGCCGCGACGACGACGCUGGUCGAUACGAGUUGAUCUCGUGAGACGGCAGCAGCAACAGUACGAUUGCUUUAAGCUUUUUUUCCAUCACUCGCGCCCCCCAUACCUGAGAUAGGCUCAUUUCGGAGUUCAAGCUAAAGUCGAGCGAAAAUUUUAUCGAAAGCGACAACAAAACACACCAAUACAAACUGUAGAUGCUGUCUCUAGUUAAGAUGAAACGCAAACGGAAUCGAGCGAAAGCUAGGCGGUGUGAGGAAAAUUGACCACUUGGUGGAGAGACAAGUAAUGUUUUGUAAAUUACUACACACACACACUGGACUGAACCUUAUUUUUGACAGUUUUCGUUAAGCUAUCCGGAACAGUGAAACCCGCAGCACCGAUCGUCACGGCGAAAAUAAAUCGAAACACCCGUUCAUGUGAAUGCAAGACUACGUAAAUACCAUGAUCAUCAUAAAAAACCCCCGUUCAAUAAUUUGUCCGAGCACAUCACCGGUUGGUAUCGCUCGGAUUUUUUUUUAGUAUAAAAAUUCCAUCCCUUCCACUGUA